AUGACAGGGGGAAACUUGGUCGAAAAAUCUGAGAGUAUCUCCAAUGCAUGGAUUAAAUCCUGGAUCUUAAGAAACUGUCUGAGUAGCACUGGUGAGGCUAGACAGAUAGCACGCUGGUUUAAUCUGAAAUCAGAGGAAUACAAUAUACUAGAUAGAAACUGUCUGAGUAGCACUGGUGAGGCUAGACAGAUAGCACGCUGGUUUAAUCUGAAAUCAGAGGAAUACAAUAUACUAUAUAGAAUCUGUCUGAGUAGCACUGGUCAGGCUAGACAGAUAGCACGCUGGUUUAAUCUGAAAUCAGAGGAAUACAAUAUACUAGAUAGAAACAGUCCGAGUAGCACUGGUGAGGCUAGACAGAUAGCAUGCUGGUUUAAUCUGAAAUCAGAGGAAUACAAUAUACUAGAUAGAAACAGUCUGAGUAGCACUGGUGAGGCUAGACAGAUAGCACGCUGGUUUAAUCUGAAAUCAGAGGAAUACAAUAUACUAGAUAGAAACAGUCUGAGUAGCACUGGUGAGGCUAGACAGAUAGCACGCUGGUUUAAUCUGAAAUCAGAGGAAUACAAUAUACCAGAUAGAAUCUGUCUGAGUAGCGCUGGUCAGGCUAGACAGAUAGCACGCUGGUUUAAUCUGAAAUUAGAGGAAUACAAUAUACUAGAUAGAAACAGUCUGAGUAGCACUGGUGAGGCUAGACAGAUAGCAUGCUGGUUUAAUCUGAGAUCAGAUGAAACCACUACACUAGAUAGAAACUGUCUGAAGAAGACUGGAGAGCCUAAACAGAUAGCACGCUGGUUUAAUCUGAAAUCAGAGGAAUACAAUAUACCAGAUAGAAUCUGUCUGAGUAGCGCUGGUCAGGCUAGACAGAUAGCACGCUGGUUUAAUCUGAAAUCAGAGGAAUACAAUAUACUAGAUAGAAACAGUCUGAGUAGCACUGGUGAGGCUAGACAGAUAGCACGCUGGUUUAAUCUGAAAUCAGAGGAAUACAAUAUACCAGAUAGAAUCUGUCUGAGUAGCGCUGGUCAGGCUAGACAGAUAGCACGCUGGUUUAAUCUGAAAUUAGAGGAAUACAAUAUACUAGAUAGAAACAGUCUGAGUAGCACUGGUGAGGCUAGACAGAUAGCAUGCUGGUUUAAUCUGAGAUCAGAUGAAACCACUACACUAGAUAGAAACUGUCUGAAGAAGACUGGAGAGCCUAAACAGAUAGCACGCUGGUUUAAUCUGAAAUCAGAGGAAUACAAUAUACCAGAUAGAAUCUGUCUGAAGAAGACUGGAGAGCCUAGACAGAUAGCACGCUGGUUUAAUCUGAAAUCACUAGUUUACCAAUACGAGUGUUGA